AGUCACGUGUGCCGCCGUUCAUCGUGCACAGACAUGAGGGAGAGCCGCUAAAGUCCGUGUCGGCGGUGCCUUAGCAAGUCUGUGCGUGUGUUAUUGUUUCAUCAGGUGGUGAAAACCCGGACUCCAGCUUCUGAUUGGGGUUGCAGACGCGUCUUGUGCCCGGAGCUGAGUCGGAAUUCGGCGAAAGAAGGAAGGCAAGGAGAGAUGUCCUACUAUUCAUCCUCCCGUGGUUCAUCUCGGGCCACUGACUGUAAAGUGUAUGUUGGCGAUUUGGGAAAUGGUGCUGCCAAGGGGGAACUUGAGCGAGCGUUCAGUUAUUAUGGCCCACUGAGAAGUGUGUGGGUGGCCAGGAACCCACCUGGAUUUGCUUUUGUGGAGUUUGAGGAUCCCAGAGAUGCAGAAGAUGCUGUCAAAGGCAUGGAUGGAAAGCUCCUUUGUGGUUCCCGUGUUCGGGUGGAGAUGUCUACAGGCAUGUCCAGGAAGGGACGUGGACGGCCGAGUCGUCGCCAGUUUGACCCCAACGAUAGAUGCUACCAGUGCGGGGACAGAGGCCACUACGCUUAUGACUGCUACCGGUACAGUAAAAGAGGCCGCCGCAGCAGGUCUCGCACCCAUUCACGAUCUCGCUCCAGGUCCAGGUCCCGUGGACGUCGGUACCGAUCUCACUCUCGUUCCCGCUCCCGCAGCCGCAGCCGAAGCUACAGCAACAGCAGGAGCCGCCGCCGAUCCCCUUCCUACUCCAGGCGUAGGAGCAGGUCUGGUUCCCCAGUUCGUUCCAAGUCCAGGACUCCAGUGAGAAGUCGCUCCAGAUCCCGGUCUCGAUCUGGCACUGCACCCAGGAGACGCUCUGUCUCUCGGUCCAGAUCUCGUUCUCGCUCUGCGGCAGCCAACCACAAGAAGAGCAGCGUGUGGUGGGAGCUGAGCACUGCACUGACACCGCAGCUGAUCCCAGGCCCAGGGUCUGCCAGCUGGCGGUGUGUACGUCCUGCGGGAGGGUGACUAAGCGCUGACCUGAGAUCAGCCUUCGCCUGCAGCUGGUGUUAGACAGCGAGAAAGAGGUCGACCUACCGACCGAACCCUCCCCACAGUGAAUGGGUGACUGUCUGUUCAACCGACGCACACGCUCAGACGAGAUCAGCUGACACACACAUACAGUUGUUCUACUAGAGUCGCCCAGCCAGCCAGCCAGCCUUCAGAUGUACCAGAGGGCUGACCGCACAAAUCAGAGUUCGACCUUUUUAAACCAUUACCUACCUACCAGACCCCCUACCUACCUACCAGAGUUCUUCGCCUCCGUCUUAGCUUCUGAAAGUGAGAGAGCUCACGUGAGAUCAGUCUUCAAGAGCCUCCCGGCGCAGUGUCUCUCCAAGUUGUAGUCAUCCGUCCUUCAGUCCUUUCAUCCUUCGCUUCUCUGUACUUGUUGUUUCUACCACUGUCACCAAAGGUAACCAAAAAUCAACCCCCCUGACAACCUCAUGUUGAUGGUAAAAGAACAUUUACAGGGUUGCUAAAGUUGAGCCUUAAACAAGCUCAUAGUGCAGAUGUGUGAUUGAAUGUGAGCGUGCGUGGACAGUUGAGUGUGACAGAGAUAAACUAGGUUAUGUUCAUGUUUUUCUUCUUUUUUAUGUUUGUAGUUUAACGGGUUAAGUGGUAAAUGUUUAAAAUUGAACAAUGACUUAAGAUAAUAUAAACGAUGCGCAGUAUAUGUCUUUAGUUUCUCUUUUUUUUUUUAAGGGGAGGGGAUAGAAAAAUCAUUUUGGAAAUCACAAAUUCUUAGCUGUUGGUACGAGCCAGCAAUUUAUGAAGACAAUUAACUUAUUCCAGUCAAAUUGUACACUAUUGAAGUGUGUGAGUGGGAGAGAGAAUGAAAGAAAAAGAGAGAGAGAGAGAGAAAAAUAAUGCAUAUAUUUAUAUUUGUUACUUCUCAUGGACUUUUUAUAAUUCCCCUGUGGCACGCUAAUCCUUCUCUAUUUCUGUUUCAGUCGCUCCCGUUCAGCAAGCCCAAACCGAAGCGCUACACCAGCAGAUGACUGAGUGAAGAAGACUUAGUUGCCCCUUUACCACUUUCCUUAACAGCCAGACCCUCAACCCCUGCAUCCCAUCUGCUUUUACAGCCCUAAAGAUGAAUUUUUUAAUUUUAAUUUUUUUUAAUUUCUUUUGGUAUUUGUUUAUUCAGUCCCAGAAGUUCAGAUUUAAUUUCACCACCAGGACUGUCACCUCCGUACAGCACCAAAUCCCCCAAGUCUGUGUAACAGAAAGAAAUACAGUUGUUUGAGCCGUAGCUGCAAGUCAUUUUUCAUCUCAGACUCCAUGUAACAAAAGUAGGAAGCAACAACUACAGUAUAUUACAUUUGACUUUUAGCAGUAAUCUUUGAAGUUCUUACAGUAAAUUGAGUUUAAAAAAAAUGGCUGAUGCAUAUUUUUAGAAUGGGGAUGUUGAAUAAAAACCUUUAUUCUCCACCAUCAAAUGUCAGAACUGUAUCUUUCCCCAGUAAGUAUUGGCAAGCAGUAUAUUUGUGUUGCACUCAAAGUGGAUGUUUAGUUGCUUUUCAUAUUGGCAGAGGGACAGAGUUACUCGCCUGCAUGUUUAGAGAAGUCACAUUCCUGUUUGUUUUCGGUUGUUUUGGUUAUUUUUUUCCCCCUAAGCUGUUUUUACAAAAAUUAGAUUUCCCAUCUGUUGAUCAAUGGUUUGUUUAAUUUUUUGAAUGCAUUCAGUACUCAAGUUUGAUUUCUGCAGGGGUUGUUGUAAUUUUUUUUGUUUGUUUUCAUGGCUUAUAUGGUAAAACUGUGAGUUUUUAGUUUUGAAUAAAUAUCAUCAGCUUAU